AUGCUGUUCACUCCGCUUCUUCUCUUAUUCCCUGCCGUUAGUCUUGCUUGGCCCCCCAUUGUACCAAGACAGGCAUCAAACAGUGACAAUUGCACUUUUACAAGCAUAUUGCCCACUAUCACACUAUCCAGCAUCUAUCCUACCUCUACCGUCGGGGGCCAUGGCCAAGUGACUGGUGGUGGUUCCCUCAUUUACACCACUGCUUUUCCCACCCUCGGUCCAGAUGGUCCGGGUCUGCAUACUUAUACCAUCACUGCCCCCUGCGCUGAGACUAAGUGUCAGCCUCCCGCUUCGGGCGAUUGUCCUCCUGGUUUCACUGCCACCACGGUUGUCUGUCACGCAUGCGGUGAGCAGGCGAUCACGACAAUCCUGACUCUUCCUGACGAGUCAGCCACAGCUGGUCAAGGAUCAGCUGGUGGGGACAGCCGUAAGGGCGGCUCCACUGGUGUUGGCAGUGCUGGGAACCAACAUGUUGUCAGCUCAGCGGUUACUUUGACUGCAUUUGUUACCAGCCACAGGACACUUGUUGUAAGUGUCCAGCCUACUGAGUCCCCUGAGAGUCCAUUCCCAUGGAAAUCUUCACAAGGCCCUGGAUUGCCCAACAACCCGGAACACUCCCAGGUCCCCGGGGACUUGGGGCAUGUGGAUACAAAGCACAGUAGACCCGCGGGAUCUCGGGAAAGUGAUUACCCAGCUAUCCAUAGGAACCCUGGAUCUCUUGAGUCUCCCGUCGCUCCCACAUCUUCCGCAACUGCCCCGCAGAGUGAACCCGCGGAUGGCCCAGGCAGCGUGCCCACAGGAGCUGAAGCGGGAUUGAAGUCGCCUUCUACAUACCCCUCUGGCCAAGCCACAUCAGUUAAACCAACGGCUAUUGUAGUCACAGGACAUGCACCAGGAGGCAAGAUGACUGGAGGUACUAUUGUCAAGGUGGCUUCUUUUGCAAUCUUUUUGUUGUACACUCUCUAUGUCUAA